ACACCAAGUCUUGGCAGGAUAUAUUUUAUCAUCGUGUCAGUGCAUGCGUCCUCUGCAUAUAGAAAAUGGUUGACGCGUCUCUAUAUUUACGAACAACAUUUUAUUGUUGGAAUAAUAUGCACUAAUAUGGGAAAAACGUUGACUUCAUAGGUCUAGUGACUUGAAAUAUUUUUAUAAAUAAAUCUUCAACUGGUUGGUGUGCAUCAAUAUCUGUGAAUAUUGGACUUAAUUAAAAGUAUUAGUGGAGUAAAAUGGAAAAACGACAGGAAGGACUUGCUCCAUUUUCAUCAGACGAAUGUCCCAAUAGUGGAGAAGAUAGUGACGAAGAUGUGAUUACGGAUUAUUUAGGAUCUGAACAUACUGAUUGCAGUCAUGUAUCAGUUGUCAAUGGUGAUUUGGCGGUUUUAAAUCUGGAUGACGGUAGCCAUUCUAAUAUUGAAUAUACCAAAGAUAAUCCAGAUAUUGCAAUGUCAGAAAAUAGUGAGGAUCAACGUCACCGCGAUCUUCCUGUAUUGGAAUCCGGUAUGAGAAAUCAACCAAAUCCACUAGUUCCGAUUAUUAGUGUGACACCUCAUUCGCCAGGACUUGCAAAACAUUAUCCUGUUCUUGAGGAUAAUCUCCAACAACUUCAUGAAAUACAUAACAGUAUUCAACGAAUGCGUGAUUUAACAUUGUGCACUUUGGGAUAUGGUAACCGUUUAUCUCAAAAUGAUCAGCAACAAAGAUUGAGUUCUUCCUGCCCUUCUCUUUGUCCUUUAAGUUUAAUAGGCAAAGGACGUACAGGAGAUCGAGGUCCUGGCUCUGAUCCUGACCUUGCUAAUUGUUCAACUAAUAGUUCGCCAACGCAUUUUCCUAUAACAGUACCACAAUUACCAUCAGAAAUGUUAGGUGUUGAUCGUCGUCGUAGUUGGACUGAUCUUGAAGAAACACGACACGCUCGUCAUCGUUGUCAAAUACAAAGUCAUCUGCAAGCACAAAAUUUGCGACAAAGAAGUAUUAGUCUCAGUAGUCUAGAUAGUGAAAUAGACCUUGAAUCAGACAGAAAACUACGUUCCCCUUGUGUUAGUGUUACAAAUAGAUCAUGCAGAUCUCAAACUAGUACACACUCGCUCAAUGAAGCUGACCUCGUUCAGAAAAUAUUAAUUAAAAGGGGUAAUCAUCAAAGGUCAACUGAAACAUCAAACUUGCUACCAGGAGUUACAGGAUCUCGUUUACCCCUUCAAAAGUCAAUUUCAACUCCUUCAAUUAUUACCCCACCAGGUCAAGCUUUACUCACGGAAUCAGGAACUCGAGUAGCCCCCUCAUUAACAGACAGACGACACGAAAGAACUGAGAAAGGUAGUGGAAGUGAGACUGAGACUGAGGAUCUUCAUACUGCCCAUAAUCAUCCAUUCCAUGAAGAUUUAAUCCGUGAAGAUGCUGUUAAUGUUCAGGCAUCUCUCGAUGAACUGAUUAUGACUGAUGGUACGGUAUAUGAUGACAGUCAUCCAGAAAAAACACGAAGAAAGAGAGGUUCAUCAUUAUUUUUUCGAAAGAAGAAAGGGAAAAAGGUUAGUCACCAUUGGGUAACAAUACCUGCUGGAUCUCAGGGAAAUGUAAUAUGCGACAUUUGUAUGAAACAGCAAAACAAUAAAUCCAUUUUUCAAUGUGAGAAUUGUGGAACUUUUGUGCAUCAAAACCAGUCAUGUAGAGAUCAAAUUUCGACAGAUUGUUCAAAAAUAAAAAAUAACUCCAACAAAGGAGCUACCAAGUCAAUAUCAAGUGCAUCUAUCGUAUCAAGCAGUGGACACGUGAAACGAGGUUCAACGGCUUCUCUUCCACCUUCUAGUUCAUCAGGAAGCAAUCAAAUAAUCAGCGAGGAAAAAGAUGGUGAUAGUAGCGGUCAUCGUGAUAAUUCUAGUGGAGUGGAAGAGUUUGACUUUGGAGACGAUGUACACUUACUUACAAUAAGUGAUAUUGAAGGACUAGAUCCAGAAUUAAAAUUAGGAAAUGAUGAACCAGAUUCAUGGACAGCCGCAGUUGGACGUAGUGAUGCUUUACGACUUGUUGAUAAUAAUGAUCGUGAAAUAAAACGACAAGAGCAUAUUUAUGAAUUUAUAUUGACAGAAAAGCACCAUUGUCUUGUGCUUUUAGCAAUGGAUAGAAUAUUUGCGGAAGGAUUAAGACGACAUUUUAGACUUGGAACAACAGAUUUAGAAAGAAUGUUUCCUAGAUUACGUGAAUUAAUUGAAAUUCAUUUACGUUUUUUACUUAAAUUACGCAAACGUCAAAGUGCUCAUCCAGUUGUGCCAACAAUAGCAGAUAUCCUUGUUGAUCAAUUCUCUGGAGAUAAUUCAGUUAAAAUGACAAGUGCUUACGGUGAAUUUUGUAGUCGACAUCGAGAUGCUGUUGAUACAUACAAGUAUUAUUUACGAAUGGAUGCUAGAUUUGCAAGAUUUGUUAAAUUUUGUCAAACAAAUCCGUUAUUGAAAAAGAAAGGAAUACCAGAAUGUAUUUUAUUUGUUACACAACGAUUAACUAAAUAUCCACUUUUAGUUGAACCUUUAAUCAAAACUGGUACUGUAAAUGAUGAGAAAGAAAAUUUACGCAAAGCUUUGAAUCUUGUUAAACAAAUAUUAGGUGAUGUUGAUGCUUGUGUUGCAAAAAAAGAACGAGAAGAUCGAAAACUGGAAAUUUACAAUAGAAUUGAUGCCAAGUCUUUUGCUAAUCAUCGUGGAUGUAAAUUUAAAAAAUCUGAUAUAAUGGCUUCUAAUCGAGCACUUAGGUUUGAGGGUACUGCAUAUUUGAUGCAAGGAAGAGGAAAAAUGGCAUCAGUAGUAGUUGUCGUAUUAUCUGAUAUAUUAUUUUUUUUAGCAGAAACACGAGAUCAAAAGUAUGCUUUUUUUGUUCCGGAUAAUAAAGCGGGAGUUGUUUCUCUACAAAAAUUACUCGUACGCGAGAAAGCCGGUCAAGAAUCUCGUGGUAUUUAUCUUAUUAGCAGUAAUCCAGCAGAACCAGAAAUGUUUGAAUUAAAAGUUCAAAAACCAAAAGAUAAACAAAUAUGGAUCCAAGCAAUAAGAUCAGCUGUUGAGGCUUGUCCACAAGAUUGUGAAAAUGAUUCUUUAGAUGAAGGCACUAUUGGCGAAAUACUUGGAACAAGAUCAUCUUCUGCAUCACUACUUUCAGCUGAUGAAAGACAACGUAUUGCCAAAGUAAAAGAAAAUCACAUUCUUAGUAUAGUUGGUGAAUUGAGAAAAAAAGAUACCGAGCAGGCACUUUUGUUGGAGGAAAAAAUGGCUCUGCAGAUGAGGUUAUUAUAUGCAGCCAGCGUUUGGAGUGAAAAUGACAAUGAAAAUGAAAAAACAGAACGUUAUGAGAAGGAAAUACCUGAUUAUACACGAUUAGUUCGUGGAGAAAGUACUGAACCCACACAAUUAUGGCAAGAGGUUGUUAUAGCAGUACAAGAAGCAACUCGACUUGCUAGUUCUUUAUCAUUUACUGCAGGCGGAGGUUCACUAUCUAGAAGUUUAAGUUCUGCCGGUGAACGUCACAGUGAAGCCUAUAUACCACCAUCUAUGUGUGUUCCUCGACGAGCUGAAACAUUUGCUGGAUUUGAUCAUAAUAAAGAACGUUAUCCAUGGCGAGAUUCGGCAGCAUUACAUUCCAUGAUGAUUCCACCAAAACCUUGUGAUAAUUUAAAAGAAGGAAUAGAAAAAAAAGAAGAUGAUUGUUCUGAAGUAAAUAAAGAUCAACAGUUGGCUGCAGUGAAAUUGUCACAUUAUGUUUACACAUUACUUUGCAUCAUAAGUAAUCAAAUGACAACAAUUGACAGUUUACAUGCUCAACUUGCAGCGUGUAAAGAAGGUGGAUUUGGUAAAUUUUCAGGAAGUAGACCAAAUCCUAAUCGUCAGUUGGAAGAAUUGAGAAAUUUACAAGAUCAGUUGAGUCGAGAAAAAGCUGCAUUUCGAGCAUCCAGUCAACAGGAGAAAAAAGAAUUGCAAGAUGAGCGCGCUGAACUUUCAAGACUUCGUGAACAGUUGGCUGCUGAACAACGUGAUGUAACACAGCAACGAGAUCAACUAUACAGACGACUUGAAGCUCUGGAACGACAGGGUGUUUCUUUGGUUGCACCAUCCACAGCUGGGCCAACAAUAACUCACGUAUCUCACACUAGUCAAGGAAGUGAUUCUCUUCAAUCUCGAAAAUCAUUACCAGAUGCUAAGAGAAUACCAUUGAAUUUAAUUAGUGCUACAAAUCAGCAAAAAGUUCCGAGCAGUCUGCCUCCAGUGAAGCAACAACUUCCAUUAAAAUUGGCCAGCGGUAGCAACAGUAAUAGUACCAGUGUUCGAUAUUUUCAUAGGAGUGGCAGUGCCGGAUGUAAUAACAGCCCGGAUCGUCACUCGAGGACGGGAAGUAGUCCUGCGACUGUAACAAGCUCGGCCUACUCAUCGCCAGAAUUGGGUAAUAAUCAUAAUAAUGGCAAUCAUUCCUCAAAUCGAUCACUUCGUAUCACACGUUCACCCCCAGAGCCAUAUCAUCAUCAGUCACAACAGCAUUUACAGCCUUUACAUCAACAAUCAUCUCAUCAACAACGGCCAGAGCCACAGCAACCGCUUGAAGAAGAAGUUAUUUUUUUCUGACGGCUCUUUCGCUUUGGCCGAAAACAUUCUCGACCAUCUCGCGCUCCUACAAAUACACCCGCGACAUUGACAUCAACACCUACACCAUCACGUAGCCAAUCUAAAGAGGCUCAAUCUCGAAGUCGAGUUAAAUCUUUUUGACUUUCGAAAUUUUAAUAAUAGAUUGACAAAUAAAAUAAUGAAUUUAUUUACAACUCUAACAUUAAUAAUAAUUAUUAAUUGACUUUUAGCUUUUGCAAAUAGUUAUAUAGUCGAUGUUAAUACGCAUUUAAACUCUUAUGAGUUAAUUUUUAAAAAUAAUGAUAAAGGAGAGAGAUAUAAAUAAAUAAAAAAAAACAGAAUACAAUAACAAAUUUCAAUCAAUGAAUAAUUGAAAAACUGAAUAGAAAAAAAAACCGGGAUAUAAGUUUCAAUAAGCUGAAUUGAUAAAAAGUAUUUCAAAUGAGUAUUAAUAACUAUUUUGGGAAACAUAGAAUAGCUCGUCUUGUUGCUUAUUCACUUAUUGUUAAAUCGACUGAAAGUUUUAAAAACAUUUACAUUCAUCCAGAAUCCAGAAAUAAUUGUUAAAAAUUGUGACAUAACUUAUUAGUAAUAGUGAUAAUCCAAGUUUUUUUUAUUCUAAUUCUAAUGAUAAAAAAAACAAAACUUAUUACAUAGAAAAAGGGUAUUAAAAAAAAAAAAUAAAAUAAACAAGUUCUUUUUUUUUUUGAUUUUAUGUAAAUUUGUAAAUAUGUGCAGUGUGUAUUUUCAAUCAUCUUUAUCUAUAUAUAGAGAACAUUCAAGUAUUUCUCUUAUAAAGCAAAUAUUUCACAAACUAAAAAUGUGAAUACAAAGAUAAAAAAAAUUUUUUUGUUCAUCUUCAGAGUAAUGUAACACGAUGAUAAUCGAUAAUUCAGUAUUGAAACCGCGCAUGUUACUAAAAAUAAAUUAGAAGCGAUGUAUUUGAAAAAUUUUAGUUAUACUCUGAAACCAAUAUACUACUAUGAUGCAUUUAAAAUAUCGAUAACUCAUUACGUACUAAAGACAAAAUUCAAUUGAUUUUCAUUUAGAAACUCAUUAAUUCAAUGGUAAAAUAUAACACUCUAGUAUAAUCAAGUGAAUUUAAAAGUUAUAAAUUAGUAAUCGUUAUAGCUCAAUGAAAUAUUACAUAAUAUUUUAUUACUCAUUUGAUGAAAAUAUUUACUGUCAAAGUAUUUUGAAAAGGACACAAUAAUAUUUGGUCAUGAAUGUGCCUCAAUUUUCAUUUAUAUACACUAAAUAUUGUUCUUUUUUUUUACUUUUUUAUUAUUUGUCACUUUUUCUACAAGAUUGCUCCAUUUUAAUAAGUUUUUAUUAACCAAUAUACUAAGGGAGCUGAUCCUUCAGGCAUUUAUAAUUUCUGUAUACAUUUUAAUAAUCAAUUGAUAAUCAGUACGAAAAAAAUGAGGAAAAGAUUCUAUUAAUGGGGAUCAUGAGUAAUUCUUACUCCAUUAUAGAGUAAGAAAGUUUGGAUUAUCCACUGCCAUUGUUGUUAUUUAAUGAUUUUUUAAGAUAAACAAAUUUAUUUAUUACAUUAUACAGACAGUAAUAUUAAAUUAUUAAAAUUUCACAAUCUACACUUGAAAAUCAGUUAUUAACUUUAAAAAACAAAGCUGAUAUAAAAAUUAAUUAAAAGAACGGGUAAAUAUAAGUGGAGUAUCGUUUUUUUUUUGUAUUUUUUAUUAUAAACGUUACAACCAGCGUGCCAGUGUGCAAUAUUGAUUGAUCAUUUGACUUAUUUGUAGAGGCUAGAGAAAGAAAAAGAGAAAGAGAAAAAAACGAUUCGUACUUAAUUGAUACGUAAUAAAUCAUUGUUAAACAGUUCUAGAAAAACAUAAUUAAUAAUAAUAAUAAUUGAAAAAAGAAACAAAAAAAAAUUAUCUACAAAUCAAUCGUGGUGACAAUAGAUUUUAUCGUUGUACCGUAUGUGUCGGACAAAAAAAUUUAUUAAUCGUAUGUAUCGUGAUAUGUUAUCCGUGAAAACUUGUUAUUAUUGCAUUGUUGUGUAUGUAUGGAUUAAUGAGAAUAUUCGUUAAAAAUUUGUAUUUAAUGAUAUUUAGAUUAAGACAACUUUUCAGGCAAAAAAUGUGGUAGAAUAAGAAUGAAGUCAUUCUAGUAUUUGUAAAGAGGAAAAAAAUAUUUCAAUACAUCUUAAUAAUUAAAA